AUGUUUGGGGAGCUGUGUUUUCUAUCAAAACUGAAAGGUACACCUUUACGUUUCCAAGCCGACCACCAAGAUGGUGCGACAACACAAGGUAUGCUCCGGUUCGGCUUAUGUGGUCGGUUCAUUGUGGCUUCCAGGGGGCUAGGUGAGCCGGAUCUGGAUGACGCCGAGGGAGCUGUUGUGUGUGUGGUAUUCAUUGUUAGAGGUAUGGUCGAAUUUUUUGGAGUAAACACCAUUUUACGCGAGGAGGUUCAACAUCGACUUAGUCGACGGCAUCGUGCAUUUGUGGGAUCUGGCACUGCAUCAGCUUCCAACGGCGCAGAGGGUUUCGGUGUGGUCCCAACUGUUCACCAAUCUAUUGGUGGUUACUGUGUAAACAAUAUCCGAUUGAAAAAAUGCUUCGAUGCAAGUCUGGAUCGAAAACGUCAGUGUUCAUCUGAAAAACAGUUUGAGUACCUAACCGACGUAAUCAGGGAACCUGUUCCCGAAGGCGCUUCCAAAAUUUACAAAAAUCAGUUAGUAGCCGACAUGCCAAAUCGCCGGUGUGGUGAUUUUCUCUGCAACAUUUGUACACUUCGCGAGUGUUCCGUGUAUGUGGGCCAGUCGUACGGGAAUGUCAGUGAAGCUCUGAAAACUCGGAAGUGCGCUCCGAAAAUGGAGCUUUCAUUGCGCACCUCUAACGAGCGGACCAGUUGA